GAGGGAAAUUGCAGCUCUGUGUUUUCCUGGUGUUUAUGGUUUGAGCUGAGUAUCCGCAGCUGUUGUCAAAGAGCUGAUCACAGGAUGGACUCCAGUGGAAAACCCUCCACUGCACAGAUCGUGGUGUUAGCCACCAGCUCAGCUCUAACAGCAAUAUUUUAUUCAAUUUACAAGAGCAGAGCCACAACUGUUGCCAGAUUAAAGGACGCCAAGAAAAUAUCCAUUGACCAGGAUCUGAAGAGCAUCCUCUCUGAAACCCCAGGAAGAUGUGUACCAUAUGCUGUCAUAGAAGGUGUUGUGAGAUCUGUGAAGGAAACGCUGAACAGCCAGUUUGUUGACAACUGCAAAGGAGUAAUUGAAAGGCUGACCCUGAAAGAGAAAAAGAUGGUGUGGAAUCGCACCACUCAUCUCUGGAAUGACACGGAGAAAGUCAUCCACCAACGCACCAACACUGUUCCCUUUGCCCUUGGGUCCCAUGAUGAAGACAUUACUGCCACUGUGCGUGUUAUACGCCCACUAGAUGCUGCAGAGUUGGACUUAGAAACCACAUACGAGAACUUUCAUCCCACAGUCCAAUCACUGUCCAAUGUUAUUGGCCACUUCAUCAGCGGAGAGCGCCCCAAGGGCAUUCACGAAACGGAGGAAAUGCUGCGUUUGGGAGAGAACAUCACAGGAGUUGGAGAGCUGGUUCUAGAUAACAACCUGAUCAAACUCCAACCUCCCAAGCAGGGCUUUUGUUUUUUUCUCAGCCGACUGGACUACGAAUCCCUUCUGGGGAAGCAGGAGAGUAGUGUGAGACUGUGGAGGAUUUUGACUAUUGUCUUCGGUUUUGCUGCCUGUUCCACACUUCUCUUCAUCCUGUGGAAGCGAUACGUGCACCACAGGCAGAGCAAGAAGGAGAGGAGCAUGCUUGAGGAGUUCAAAGAGCAGCAGAGGAAACGUAUGCGUGAACUCAAUAUAGAAGAAACUGCCGUGUCCCCGACCAGCUGUACAGUCUGUCUGAGCCGGGAACGGUCCUGUGUGUUUCUAGAAUGUGGUCAUGUUUGUGCCUGUACUCAGUGCUAUGAGGCUUUACCAGGGCCAAAGAAAUGUCCCAUCUGCAGGGCAGUGAUAGACAGGGUGGUUCCCCUUUACAAUAGUUAGUAUGGGUGUUGUAUUUUAAAAAGAAAAAAGAACUACAAUAAACAGUCAGUAUUGUACUAUUAUGGUAUGCAAAAGCUGUCUGUUUAGGCUUCAAAGGGGUAAUAUCUUUUCAUUUUGCACUAUCUCUAUAUUUUUUCAUUUCUGCAGAGUGAUAAAUAAUAAGGGAUCUCUGCUGAAUCACUUAAUUCCAUUUCCCGCAGAAUGUUUAAAUCAGAUUUGGAACCUGUAACUCAUUUUUAUAGAGAAAAUGAAAUCUCUUCUUUCAUCUUGAGACAAAAUGAGAUCUGUCCUCAGACACUUACGCAUAUUGAUAAUCAUAUCUUUUCAUAACUCUUUACAUUCGAUUUGGAAAUGUGCAGAUUGUUCUUGUCUGCUGUCUGCUUUGUCCUUUUUAAAUAUCAUUCUUUGGUAUUUAACAUUGGCAGAACAUAUGGUUUAUUUAAAGCUGUGUUUUGUGCGGCAUAGACAAGGCCCAAAGAAAGGUGGCAACUUUUCUCUGUAAUUGUAUCACUUCUCUGACAGGUCGCCUCCUUGUUUUGGAGAGGGAGCGCGCUGACCCUGUCCUGUUAUUUUUGACUUUGUUCUGGGUGUCUGCUAAUGUAGAAAUGUGGAGCAGGUGUUAAGGCUCUACAGAUGUGCUGCCACAGGCUGACUGAACAUGUAAAACUCAUUAAAAAACACCACAUUCAGCAGCGACAUGUACAAUAUAUAACGGCUAUUGAUUGUUGACCAUUGACUUGAGAAAAUUUGAAGUGGUGUUAAUGUCAUGGCAAAUAAAAUCAUAAGUAGAAA